UGCCCUCUCCGCCCCUGGGGCCCGCGAAGGGCGGCUUCCCGCGGCCAUGGCGCAGAAGCCGAGCCGACGGCAGCCCACCGCGGCGCAGCUGAUGGACCGCAAGCAGCACGAGCUCUACUUCCAGCAGAUGCGGGAGCUGGAGCACCGCAAGAAGCUGGAGCGCGUCCACCAGCUGGAGGUGAUGUGGGAGGCCGAGGACCGCGUGCAGCAGAAGCGCGUCACGCGGUUGCUGCGGGAGGAGGAGCACGAGCAGCGCCUGGAGGAGGCCGUGCGGAAGGCAGAAGAGAGUAAAAGGCUAAAAGACCUGGAAUUGCAGCAGGAAGAAACACUGGCAACUGAAUUAGCAAGAUUAAACCAUGACAAACUUAAAGAUGAAAAAAUGAGGCAACAAAUCAAAGAAAAUAGUAUUGAACUGCGGGAACUAGAGAGGAAAUUGAAAUCUGCAUAUAUGAAUAAAGAGAGGGCUGUUCAGAUUGCUGAAAAAGAAGCUCUGAAAUAUGAAAAAAUGAAGGAGGAUGCAGAUAUCUACCAAGCAAUGAAGGAUGAGCAAGAAAGAGCAGCCAAGGCAGAGAAUGCUGUUGAAACGAGACGCAAUCAGGAGAAGUUGCUCUAUCAGCAAGAACUGGAGAAACAGUUGGAGGAAGAGGAGAGGCGGAAGCAGGCUGCUUACAAGGAGUUCCUUAAAGAGAAACUCUUGAUUGAUGAAAUUGUGAGGAAGAUCUAUGAGGAAGAUGAAAAGGCAAGACAAGACAGACUAGAAAAAAAGAGAACCACGCAGAAAUUCAUUGAAGAAUUCAAAAAAGACCAGGCCUUGAGGAGGAGACGACAGCGUGAAGAGAUGGAAGAGGAAAACCAAAAGAUCAUGGAAUUUGCUAACAUGUGGCAGGAGAGAGAAGACAACCGAAUGGCAAAGAUUCAUGAAAAUGAGGAGAAAAAAAGAAAGCUCCAGCAAAUGCUUACAGAAGUUCUGAAAAAAGAGCAGCAGGACCGAGAGGAACUUGAGCAAAUCCGAGCCGAGUUGCACUUUGAAGAACAGGCUGAGACAGAGAGGAAGAAGGAGAUGGAAGAGCUGGAGAAGAGGAUCAGGCAGCGCCUAGAGCUCCGGAACUCCUAUGAAGAACAGCUGGCUUCAAGAAAGAUGCUGCUGCAGGCCUUGAAGGAAGAGGAGGAGGCCUUUGGCCAGGCCAUGUUAGCCAAAUUUGCAGAAGAUGACCGUAUUGAGCAGAUGAAUGCUCAGAAACGAAGAAUGAAGCAACUGGAACAUAGGAGAGAGGUGGAGAAGCUGAUCCAAGAACGACGCAAACAAGUCAUCGCAGACAAGGAACGUGAACUAGAAGAAAGACAAAUGGAAGAAAGGAGGAGCGGAAUCGUUGCUGACAUUAUUGAGGAAGAGCGGCAGAAGCUUCUUAAAGAGCAUGCAGUUAAACUGCUGGGGUAUCUUCCACGAGGAAUCCUUAAAGAUGAGCAAGACGUUCACAUGCUUGGAGAAGAGUUCCGGCAAGCUUACCAAAAGAGGCCAGAGGGUGGGUUCUCCGAAGUCAACUGAGCUUUCAUUGCUUCCCUGAAGAGCCCACCUAGCAGUCACCCCACCCUACGGACUGCAUUCGCCGCUACACAGACUUUUUAAAAAAUGACUUUUAUAUUGAUAAAUUACUUCUUUGACUAGA